AUAUACCCUGACAAUUCAGAUAUGGGGACAUUCCUCUUCACAGCCAAAGAUCCCAUCUUUUACAGUCACCAUGCGAACGUGGACAGACUGUGGACAGUGUGGAAGAGUCUCAAGAUCGAUCCCUCUACUCGGGGAGGCUAUAGAAAGCGAGAGGAUCCGACUGAUCCUGAUUUCCUCAAUACGAAGUUCGCCUUCUAUAAUCACAAAAAGCAGCUCGUGCACGUGAAGAUCAGCCAAACUCUCGACACCUUACCUCUGCGGUACGAGUACGAGGAGAAGGAGUUCAAGAGCAGCGACGACGAUUGGAUCUAUUACAAGUUCAAGCCGUCCGUUUAUAAGCAGCCCAGUCCGGGAACGAUUGACGCGUUGGGGACGGAGACAGUUCUCAAGAAUGACAAGUCCGUAUCGGUCGCGCUCGCGCGGAUCGAGCCUACUCCGAGCCACGGACGGUCGGCGGAAGAACUUGAGGAAACUUUGGUUGUAAAAGGUGUGCAGGUGCCGAAGAACUCGUUCAUGCUGUACAAGGUGUUCAUCAACUUGCUCGAAGCCGGUGCCUUCACCCCGUUGGGAGUCCAUAAUUUUGUCGGUGUGAUCAGCCACAUUCCUCACAUGGAUAGCCAUGGUAUGGAACAUAAUCAGAAAAUUGACUUCCGACUGAGCAUAGGAGCUAGUCUGAAAGCCUUGGGAGUCAAAGAAUCGGAGCGAGUCUCUGUGACUUUUGUGCCCGGAGGCCACGAGGAGGAUGUUGAAUUUGACGGAGUGGUGGUAGAGUUCAACUGAGAAUCUCUCAAUCAGCUCGCACGUCUAAGAGUCUUCUCCGCUUUGUGUAUGCCAAGAGUGCAGUCAAAAUUGUGGUUUUUAACUUCAAUCUAUAGUCCUCGUCUUAUAUCAGGACUAGUAGCUUAAUGGACUCAACUUGGUCUUUUUCCUUUUCUUUUCACCCUGGGACAUCUCAUGAUUUGCUGAUAUGUCCCGAUGCAGAGUGUGGGAUUUUCGUUCAGAUUAAGAAGACUUGUGUUACCUCGCAUCUUAAGGACCAUCAUCAUGAGUCUAUUCCAGUCUCAUGUUGCCGCAAAUGUGUCUAGACUUUCUUAGAAGAUCCACUAUAUAACUAUUGUUCUCUUCUC